AUGAUGACGAAAAGACAACUUUUUUUCAUUUUUAUUUUUUUCUUCAAGAUUUUUUUCCUAGCUCUCCGUUCAUCAUGCACGAUGAGCUGUUUCGUAAACGAAGAUGAUCCUUUUCCCGCGGACGACUGCUUAUUUGCUGACACCUUUUCGCAAGAGAGCGUUUAUACAGUAAUGGGCCAAACGCUGAAAAUCACACAGUUAUUCGGUGCAAACCUCGGCGUGGCUGCCCCAGUAUGGGAAUCCGCGCAAUACCUGUGUCGAUACUUUGAGGAGCAACAUGUGGAAUGGCGCGGGAGGCGCGUCAUCGAGCUGGGAGCAGGGACCGGGGUCGUUGGGAUCUUGGCGGCUUGCCUCGGCGCAGACGUGACCCUCACAGACCUUCCCGUGGCUCUUCCACAGCUUGAGGCCAACGUCUGUGCCAACAUGCCGUCCAGCGGUUGGCCUUCCGCCCCUCCCGCCGUCCUCCCUCUGUCCUGGGGCGAGGACCACAUCAAGUUCCCCUCAGACUGGGACCUGGUCCUGGGUGGCACGGUGAAGCAGCUGGUAAAGGUUCAAUCCCGGACCUGCCUGGGUGGAGUUUGCACGUUCUCCCCAUGCCUGCGUGGGUUUUCUCCGGGCACUCCAGUUUCCUCCCACAUUCCAAAAACAGGCAACAUUAAUUGUACUCCCUAAAUUGCCCCAAGGUGUGAGUGUGAGUGCGGCUGUUUGUCUCUAUGUGCCCUGCGAUUGGCUGGCAACCAGUUCAGGGUGGACCCCGCCUCCUGCCCGAUGACAGCUGGGAUAGGCACGCUCCGCAACCCUCGUGAGGAUAAGCGGCGAAGAAAAUGGAUGGAUGGAUAUUUAAAAUUUUAAAAAGGUAGUUGAUGUUUAAUUGUGCAACACAGUGGAGUAGUGGUUAGCACAUUUGCUUACAGUCGAGAGUUUGCGGGUUUUCCCUGUGCUUGCGUGGUUUUUCUACAGGUAAUGCACCCUCGUCCGGCAUUCCAAAUACGUGCAAGUUAAUUGAAAACUCUCAUUUGUCCGUAGGUCCGAAUGUGAGAUUGAGUGGUUCUCGGUGUAUAUGUGCCCUGCACUUGGAUGGCGACCAGUCCAGGCUGUACCCCGCCUCUUGACCAAAAUCAGAAUGAAUGAGUGAAUUCACAUUGGUGAAAAUAUUGUUUCCAUAAUUCUCUUGAGAAACAAUGAAAAUAAUCUUCAUGAUGGAGGCAAUUAUUGUAGUUAUAUAACUACUUCUUGGUGAUUUUACUUUGGUCAUAUGUGAUAAUUACAUGAUUGUAUUAGGGAUGGGCAUUUGAUUACAGGUCAUUUUCCGUGAUCAGAUAAAGGGAACUCCAAACAAUGAAGUCAGUAGUUUUUACCAAGAUUUGAAUUUUACAAUGACGUUCUGAACACUUGCGUCCGAGCUCGCGUUAUAUUGAGCAGAAUAAUGCUCCCCGAGUUAUGAUGUAGUAGAUGUACAUAAACCAGUUGGCAGACAAGUAGCGGACCCCAUUUUACUUGAAGACAUGUGGCCCAGACAAUCAAUUUCACCACACAUUCCAAUCAAUUCACA